AUGCCUGGGAGAGUCUCAGUGGCCUCCACACCCCAACCAUGCACAAUUCUCCGCAGAUCUCCCAGAUUUCUUUACCCCACCACCACUCCAGAGCCACAGAGACUCUCCACACCGUCCCGGAAGCCUCGGAGAAACACCGCUGCUGAAUUCGAAAACCCGAAAACCCCCAAAUCCAAAUCCGAGCAGCCGGCCACGAUUCUCCGAAAGUCGCGGCGGCUUGUGGAACUGAAGGAGAGAGCUGAGCAGUUGGGAAACCAUGUAAGCCCCAAAUCCAAAUCUAGAAGCAACAAUGCGGUAAGGUGUUUGAAGCUUUCGAGUGAAUCGAAGAAAUUGAGUAAAGAAAAUGGUGGGUGCAGAGAAUCUAGGGUUUUGAAUGAGGAUUCCACACCGGAGAGAGUGUCGAAGAAAUUGGGGGUUUCUGGUUGUGGGUCAGAGAAUUGCGAGAAAUCGAGGUCUGGGUCGAGAAAAGCUCGAAGAUUGGACAAUGUGAGUACUGGGUUUCGGACUCCUAGACGAUCUUCGAGGUUGGUUGGUAAGCAAAAUGUGGUUGAGAAACAAACUGAUAAGGCAAAUUGUGGUGGAUCGAAGAGUAAGUCCAAAAUUUCUUUGGAUAAAGAGAAGGUCUCUGGUGCUGGUAAAGAUGGAGCUUGUGUGGAUUCAGGUGGAAUCGUUUCGGAAAAGAGCAAAAGGGUGAGUAAGAAAAGUUCAGUUGGUGGUGUUGAAACAGUUAGUGUGGAAUGUGGAGAAGGCAAAGGUCAGGAGUCGGAUUGCGGAGAUAAGAAAGUUCCGGUUAGGAGGAAGAGAAAGAGAGGUGAGGAAGAUGUUAAGGUGGCUGAAGGCUGGACAAAGGAACAGGAAUUGGCCUUGCAGAGAGCUUAUUUGCUAGCAAAACCGACGUCCGGUUUCUGGAAGCAGGUUGCUAAACUGGUUCCUGGAAAAACUGCACAGGAUUGCUUUGAUAGGAUACAUUCUGACCAUAUAACCCCUCCUCACCCUCUUCCUCGGUCGAGGGCAAAGAUAACAACAAACUCAUCCCCCCUCGGAGGAUUUUCACUCUCUGCAAGUAAACUGCUUAAUCCCAUCGAGUCAAAGGCUAAAAGACAAGGUUGCAAUAAACAGAGAAGCCAUCUUGCACAGAAAACCGUCAGAGCGUUAUUACACAAGCAUUAUCAAGUGCACCAAGAGUUUGAGGCAGAUCUAUUUUCAGUACUUGAGCCUAGUGUAGGUCCAUCUACUGAAACUUCUGAGCCUAGUGUUAUACCUUCUACUCCAACAAACUCACAAGUGAAGCAGGGAUUUCUUCACAAGAGCAGUCAAAUAUCACCUGCAGGUCAGAAGAAGCCCCUUUCAAGGUUUAGUAACCCAUCUGACACAUCUCUUGUUAGUCCUCCGGUAUUAAAGAAGGUCAAGAACAAGAUCUUGCAUGAGAAAUAUAUUGACCAAUUGCAAAUCAGGGAAGCUAAGAGAAAAACUUUAGCCAAGAAUGCUAAAAAAUCCACUGGUGGAAUCAAUGAAAUAAAAAUGAGCCAUAUUCAAGAAGUGGAUCUGAGAUCUGCAAAAAUUGCCCUAGUUUCUGAUGCAAGAGAAGCUAUCAAUAAGCUCAAACAUCUUGAGGAAAAUUCUUCAGAGUCAGAUGAUGAUGGAAUUGCAAGGGACGAUGAGGAAGAUGAAGAUGAGACUUUGUAA